AUGCCGGACAAGCUCGAUGUAGAAGGUCUCCUCCAGGAGUCCAAGGCUGAAUAUAAGCGCCUUGGAAAGAGCGGCCUGAAAGUAUCAGUACCCAUCUUGGGUGCUAUGAGCAUUGGUAGCUCCAAGUGGCAACCCUGGGUUAUCGAGGAGGAAGAGUCGCUACCAUUGCUGAAGGCUGCGUACGAUCGCGGUCUAACGACCUGGGAUACUGCCAAUGUUUACUCCAACGGCGUCUCUGAGGAACUUGUCGGUAAAGCAAUCAAAAAGUACAACCUGCCUCGCGAGAAGCUCGUCAUCCUCACAAAGUGCUUCGGUUACGUUGGUGAAGAUCCAGGUCUGCGCACCAUCCAGUACGGCAAGGAGUUGCCUCAGUUGAAAGACUACGUCAACCAAGGUGGUCUCUCCCGACAAGCAAUCUUCAACGCCGUUAAUGCGUCGCUCAAGCGUCUCGAUCUGGAGUAUAUCGAUCUUCUGCAGAUUCACCGCUUCGAUCCAAACACACCUCUUGAGGAGACCAUGGAAGCGCUGCACGAUCUAGUCAAGAGUGGGAAAGUGCGAUACAUCGGUGCCAGCUCCAUGUGGGCGGUACAAUUUGCGCAAAUGCAAUUUACUGCUGAGAGGAAUGGCUGGACCAAGUUCAUCAGCAUGCAAAACCACUACAACCUACUGUACCGCGAGGAAGAGCGUGAAAUGAAUCGGUUCUGCAACGACACUGGUGUUGGUCUUAUUCCGUGGGCACCGCUAUGUCGUGGCCAUCUUGCUCGGCCUCCUUCCGCAUUUGGCUCGACCACCCGUUCAGAAGGUGAACAGAAAGCUGGCAACCAGACAUCUGGUAACAAUGAGCGUGACAAGAAGAUCAUCGGCCGUGUCGAAGAGAUCGCGAAGAAGCACGAUUGGAAGAUGAGCCAUGUUGCGCUCGCAUGGAUCAACAAGCGUGUUGCGAGUCCCAUUAUUGGUUUCUCCAGUACAGAGAGGAUGGAUGAAGCGCUUGCAGCAAGAGGUAAGCAAUUGACUGAGGAAGAGGAGCAGUAUCUUGAAGAGCUGUACGAGCCCGUCAGGAUUGUUGGACAUUCGUAG